AUGGAACUAUCAACAACAAGAGGAAUCAGUACAACAAUGCAGCAGGGAUACAUUGAUUACGAUGACUCAAAUCAGUAUCUAUUAUAUCCAAACGUAUUACAAGCAGGACAAAUACCUCAACAAUACCUUCCACAAUUACCUGCUGAUGUGCUUAUCUUUGGCGAUCCGCCAACGCAAUUGACAAGCGAACCGUUGUAUAUAGGCAAUUCUAAUCCGACUAUGCGUGAACAACUAGGUACAGGCUCCAUUCAGCAACAGUACGAUGCUUUGUCUACUCCGCAAAACUCGCUUACGCAUCGACAACAACGUCAACAACAAUGGUUGUCGCAGUACCCGUAUUCGAGACAGCGUGAAGCACAGACACCACACGAAUUGUUUACGCCAACCAUGCAAUUUGAACGCCAAUUUGAUCGACAGAACUCUGUUCAAGAUAUGCUUGGAGUUGUACCGCUCGAGCGAUCGGAUUAUGACCAGCUGCAGGUCUAUCCAGGAACGAGUAGUCCAAGUAUGGCUCAGUCCCAGCUGCAAGUUCAUCCUGUCGAUACUGUACAGGCACAUCAUCAAGUAAUACAGGCGAAAGCAGAAUUCGUGCAGGCCCAUAAUCAAGUAAUACAGGCACACGCGGACUUCACUCAAGUAGCCGAACAAGUGGCCGAAGCUCAAGCUCAAGCACAAGUGCAGGCCCAAGUGCAGGCCCAAGUGCAGGCCCAAGUGCAGGCCCAAGUGCAGGCCCAAGUGCAGGCUCAAGUCUAUCCACCGACAGAGGCUACUUAUCGUCCGUCUCAGUCACAAGGAAACAUCCAUCAAGUUCCUCAACUACAAAUCAACUUUAAUCAAUCAGAAAACGGGUCUCCAGAUCAAUCUUCCCAGAUGGAGACUGAUGAGCGAUCAACGCAAUCUCAAGCAAUCAGUCGCCGUCAGCAAGAUGAACAUGCCUUCAAUAUUCUUAUGAAAUCAGGUGUUGCAAAAAUCACUGAUUUUGGCCUAUCUGGACAGAUGAUGUCCUCAUCAUUAGGUGAUGGUACUGCAGCAUACAGAGAUCCCUUAUCAUUCAGAGAUCAAUCAUAUAAACGCGGGAAAAAAUCUGAUAUUUUUAGUCUUGGAGUGUUGUUUUGGGAAAUUUCUAGUGGUCAGAUACCUUGUAAAAAAUGGACCAGUAUAGCAGAAUGUAGAAAACAAGGCUAUCGAGAUCCUCCUCUUCCAGAGAUGCCAGAAGCCUAUAUUCAGCUAUAUUCAGCAUGUUGGAGUGAGAAUGCUGAAGAACGACCAUCUUGUAAAGAAAUACACAAACAAUUACAACUGCUAUCUGAUGAUAGAAAUCAACAUUUACCAGCGAUACCUUUAACCUCACUUUCACCUGUAUUAAAGCAGUCAGUAAGAAUACAUCUAAACUCUCGACGACGAAAACCACCGCCAUCGUUAACCAACUAA